GUUUGACAGCCAACCACCAACAUAAGAUAAGAGAGGGGGGAACACCUGUUAGUUGUACAGCAGCACACGUCAAAGGUGUAUAUAGCUACACAACCGAGGUUUUGCUGGAAAAAAGAGAAAAAAAAGCUUUCUCUGUGCUUAGAAUGUAGUCGUCGUUUUCUCUCCUCAAGUGCGAUUUUUCUCAGACACCACACCCCAUUUGUUACUUGAAAUGCCCAGUGCUUGACGACUGACGAGUGAAGGCUUAAGACUGCACGAUUGAUUUCUCCUUAUCCAUAGUCUUUCAAUCAAGCAACAAUGGGACUCGGUAAUCUGAAUGACACACCCUCGCCGAUGCCACGGCCCUGUAGGCCCAGCACAUUGUUUGUAUCUAACAAUAACCAGUCCCAUAGCUCCAGCAAUGAAGUUGGAUGUCAGUGCUGCCCGUAUGGCUUCCACAUUGAUCUGGACUUUGUUCGUUUCUGUGAAUCAUUGGCCACUGGUGAGCACCUCAAACAAAAGAGAGAGGAGAGACGUACCAGAAGGUUGCAAUGCAACUCCAUGGAAGUCUUGCUGGGGCUCACCACUCCAUCGUAUACAUCUGUAUUAGCAGCUUCUUCAGUUCUACCUCCAAUCAUCGACGUUCCGAGAGAGUCUGAGAACUCUGGAGCCGCAUUAGAGUUACGCAAUCGACCCUCAAGAGAACUUAAUCGUGCGGUUGACGAUUUUGAAGCAACAUUUUCUCAAUCUUCUCGUCACUCUCAGUCUUCCCAAAUAUCCUGCUUUGCCGAUAUUUAUAAUUCUACGAGCUCACUAGGCAAGGACAGUGAGGCGGAUUGCUCCUUUGAGACCAAGAAUGAAGCUCUUCAGUCGGUCCGUGGGCAAAUGGCAGCCAGUCUGGAAAAAUUGCGCGAGUUGGAGCAACAGGUGAAGCUCAUUCCAGUUCUACAGGUCAAAGUGUCAGUGUUGCAGGAAGAGAAACGCCAAAUGGCUCUCCAGUUACAGGAGUUGAAAAAUAAACUCAUACGCGGAACAGGUCCCCUGAAAAAGGAGAUGGGUGUCGGCACGUUUACAAACACGCUAAGGGAUGGCGUAUGCCAAACAGAGAAUUGGAUCAAAAGUGUUUCCAGCAAGAUGAUUCAGACUUUUUUGCAGCCGUUGACCGAAUCCGGAACGCAGACAGUGAUGGAUGCGAAUGCUAACAAGCUAAUUUUGGCCCAAGUUUCUCAAUCCGUCCAAGUUAACAUGCCGAUGAUGCAAGAAAUGGUGCCUCGAGGAAACGCUGAAACACAAACUGACCGAGACUCGCCCGUUCUUCACUCAUCGCCGCCGCCUCCUAUUACAUACCGUCCUAUUGUUUUCCACCGGCACGUCCAAACCGAACGUGAAGAGAAAGUCGUUCAGCCUUUACCUCCUCCAGCACCGAAACCGAUUGUCUUACACCGCCAAGUCCAAACGGAUCGCGAACAAACUCCUAGAGCCGUCCAACCAUCUCAGUCUCCCACAUUUCGCAGGCCAAAUGUGUUCCAUCGCCAGGUUCAAACCGAAUCUAGUCUCCUGAGUGCAUCGAAGCAGGAGAUCUCUACAAUCGAUCGACUUCAACAAAAAAAGUCGAUCGCUAUUGGUGAUGGUUCAGUCAACGAUGUCUUGUGCGAUCGUUGUGUUAACAUAAGAACCCGGUUGAGGCAUGUUUCAUGUGGAACAACUGAUCUCGUCCGUCCUGCCUCUGGCGUCAAUGUAGCUACUCAGUCGUAUACCACAUGUCAGGAUUGUGAGGAGCGUUCCAAAAUUGCUGCUGUAGCAACGAUUGAUCAAGAAAUACAAACAAAUGAUAGCUGCUUCAACAGUCCAAGGUUAUCACGCAUUUCUCGGCUCGGAGAAUGCUCUCCGCUUUCCGUCCAGACUCAACCCGACCAGGAAUCAUUACCGAAACCAGAGCCGGAGUCGACCAACAGUCGUCGCUUGUCCGAAACAGAAUCGGAAAGUUCCAGAGAAGCCGACGAAAGUGAUUUGGGUUCAGAUGAGUCGGUAAGAGAAGAAGAAGAUGAAGAAGAAGAGGAGGAGGAGGAGGAGGAAGAAGAAGAAGAAGAGGAAGGAGAAGAAGGAGAGGAGGAGGAAGGAUUAGAGACUUUGCCCGAACCCAUUAAGCCCCGUAUAAGGGUGGAGCCCUCAAUGGAAAUGAAAGCCGCCCUCAAGGUGUUGAACGAUUCCAUCCAUCGUCCACAAAGGGGAAGCUCGAAAUUGUUGGUUAAUGCCAUCGAAAUCGUUCGACGUGAAUGGAUUCAGGUUUCCAGCACAAAGGAAGCAGAUGCUCACUCGGUUGAAGAUUACAUGGAUUAUAUCGAAUCUUUGAGCAUGGCUUUGCUUGAGCGAGUCGCUAAUCUUUCGGAUAAUAAUGGCAACACGUCGUUACACUACGCAGUGUCGCACAGUCAGUGGGAUAUCGUCAGCCUUUUACUCGAUUCAAAGGUGUGUUAUCCACAACUGAGAAAUAAAGCUGGUUAUAGUCCGCCUAUGCUGGCAGCUUUGGCUCAACCAACUAAUAAUACUGAAUCCCAAGUACUUCAGCGUCUCUUCUCUCUUUGCGAUGUUAAUUCAAAAGCAACUCAACACGGACAAACGGCUUUAAUGCUCUCGGUCAGCCAUGGAAGAGUAGAAGUGGUACGCCUCCUAUUAGCCGCUGGCGCUGAUGUGAAUGUACAAGAUGCGGACGGCUCGACUGCUCUUAUGUGUGCAGCUGAACACGGUCAUACACCCAUUGUUAAGCUACUACUAGCCCAAACGGACAUUGAUCUUCAUCUAAGAGAUAAUGAUGGUAGCACAGCGCUAUCUAUCGCUAUGGAAGCAGGCCACAAAGAUAUUGGUUUACUGAUAUACGCUCACAUGAAUUUCCAUCGAUCCAACUCCAGCAGCGCAACGUCCAGCCCCGUCCUUCCAACUGCCUCGCCUUUAACUACUUUAAGGAGGAAAGGUUCUCCAUUGCCUUAUUUGUAGACUAGAUCAUGACCUGUUACACUACGCACAUUAUCAAUCAAUUGAUUUGAUAAAUUCCCUUUUCGUUAAUUUACUGUUAGGCAGCUAAAAUGCAAUGCAACAUCUCAAAGUGCCAAUUUUUUUGUAACAUUCCAGCUACGCGCAUUAGAAUAUUCGAAACUUAAAAUAAUACAAAAUCCGUAAAUAAUA